UCAUGUUUCAAUUCUUUGCGAGAUGUCGGGGACGUCGUUGACGUAUGUCGUCGUCUGUGUGGUAGAGUUAUUGUGCACCGUCUGCUAACUGUUUCGGCCUGCUGCUGAACCAAGUCAUUUUGGGGCUUGGGCCUAAGUUUUAAGGGUUGCUACAUAUAUUUUGAACUAACUUGACUGUUAUUGGUAUGAAACCUAGACUUGGUGGCCUUGGGAAUUAAGUGUAUGGUUAGUGGAUGAAUACCUUUCAUAUGCGUGAAAGUUUCCUGCAUGUGUACACGCACCAAGUCAGACUAUCGUGGACGUGCAGAGGUGAAACACGAAUUGAAGUUACGCUUUCUCUGUCAUGAUGACCUAGAUGAAGUGAAAAAGUUAUGUUCUGCUUGGUUUCCUGUGGAAUAUCCAGAUGCUUGGUAUAAAGACAUUACAAGUGAUAAGAGAUUCUUCUCACUAGCGGCUGUUCUAGAGAAUAGGAUUGUCGGUUUGAUUGUGGCUGAAGUUAAGACCAGAGCUAGAUGUCACCGAGAAGAUGUGAAUAUAUUAUCAGCCACGUUCCCAAGUUCAACUCAAGUGACCUAUAUUUUAAGCCUUGGUGUUGUUAAAGAAUACCGUCGACGAGGUAUAGCCUCUGCGUUACUCUCAAACCUUCUGACACAUCUGGGAACGAGUGAACGAUCUAACGUGAAAGCGACCUACCUGCAUGUUCUUGCUUCAAACACAACAGCCAUUCGCUUUUACGAGCGCCACAACUUCCGACGCCAUGAGUACCUUCCAAACUACUAUGCUAUCAAAGGCCACGCUAAGGAUGGGUUCUCGUAUGUAUUGUACAUUAACGGAGGACAACCACCGUGGAGUUUUAUAGAUUAUAUGAAGCAGUUUGGCUCAUAUUUAUCUAGGAUUCAACCUUGCACCCUCCCGCAGGCUGUCGCUAGACACACUCGGAACUUCUUUACGAGUCGCCGAAGCUGGUUGCCGAGCUUGCCCAGCGUAAACCUACCAAACAUGAACUUGCCAAACGUGAACAUUUUGACUAGAAUACGGGGACAGAGCGGCUCAUCUGCGCCGUCGUCGUCAGUGCAAUCUCCGUCCAUGCAAGUUGUACCGUCAUCAGAGGUCGCAGUUGCAAGCCUGCCUUCAUCAACUGUAUCUCCAUCAUCUGGACGUUUUACAUCCAAUCAAGUUCAUCCGUUAUCAACUCAACAGUGACACAGCAGUAUAACCAAUUUCUUUUUAAAUUUUUGGCGAUAUUACUCUUUCUCGUUGGAACAUGGAUUAUCAGUAAAUGCUGUCUUUAAAUAAGAGCUGUUAGAUUCAACUCAUACUGUACUUGCAGUAGGUAACAUUAUUGCAGUUUAAGUAACAUAAUUUUGCAACUCAGGUAUUUUCUAGAGAUUUUCGUAGCUCAUGCUUCCUCAGAUGGUACACCACAGGCUAAAUGUGGCUCUCAAUUGAUUUUAAGCUGGGCUGCCAAUUAUUUAAGCAUCCAGAAAAAAAAAUUCCUCCAACAAAAAUUAGCCUUUAGAUGUAAAUUAAGACUUCUAUAUAAUGUUUUUGGCUUAUAUAUUAAUAUAUUUUGAACAAUUUCAAAAAAUAAAUUUCCUCCAACAAAAAUUAGUCUUUGGAUGUAAAUUACGACUGCUUUAUAAUGUUUUUGGCUUAUAUUAAUAUAUUUUGAACAAUUUGAUAACAAUUUUAAAAUAAGCGUAAGCCUUUGAUCACCUCAUAUUUUUUUGCCAAUAUCCGGCAAUGUAGUUUUUGAAAAUUUCCCAUGUUGCAACCUCCAGCUGCAUUUUUAUAGUUGUGGCCAAUUUUAAGAAUGUAGGCAACUCUAAAAUUGUAAAAAUGUUUUUUUCGAAGCAGUGUUUUUUCUGACGGAAUGGUUGGCUUAUUCCCUGACGGGUGUUCAGGGUUCACUUCCCUUCCCCUACCACCACUUGACACCACCCCUAGCUGGCUUUGCCACUGGUAUUAAAUAUAUUAAUACUGUCACAAUAUUUAAGCUUGUAUAGAAUUUAUGUAUGAUACAUUAUACUUUAGUUCUAAUUUUACCAAAAAUUUAAAAUCUAUGUGAAUUUUUUCACAUUAAUCCAGUAUUUAACAUCUAACCUAUUAUAUUAUUUGCUUGUAACGUAGUACCUACUGUGAAGCUAUCCUUAGUAAUAGUGCCAUUGGCGUGAUCUUCACGGGUGCAAAACAGGGUUCGACUUCUCCAUCGUCAAGUGGGGAAUAUGUAAUAGAAAGUGUCAGGUUAUGGCUUGUAAGAAAGUAUGUAGCUGUCUUACAAGAAAGAAACAGUAGCUGAUGGAAC